GUCGCUGUAUCAGGGAGGGAUGGUGUGUGGUGUGUGGUGGUUCAUGCUGGUCAUCAGUCAGUUAUGGACAAGCCACUAGCACCACACCACAGCACAGCACAGCAUAUCACGCCAGACAGAGCACAAGUGCAAAAAGCUCUCACACUCGUCCAAUCCACUUGUGCGAACACACACCAUAUAUACCGAAAAAACGAAUUAACACACCCAUCCAUCCAAUGGCAUCCAUCCAAUGGCAUCCAUCCCCCGACAUACUGUCAAAACAAAAACAACUUUCUGUCUGUCUCCUUGCAGCUAGGUGGCGUCACUCACACGAGCCCUGCCGGCGUCAUCUGCGGCAGUGGAGGCGAAAAGCCCCUUCCCACCGCAGACCGCUCCCCGCCGACCGCCCGGCUGUGCGCACUCUUCUCCCGAACCACCUCUCCCUCUCUGGUCUCAUUAUUCCCACCGCUGCUAGUGGACGGCAGCAGCCCAGGCGCGUUCCUGGACACGCCCAUGCCCAUGCCCAUGCCCACCCACGGGAGCACCUGCGCCAGCAGCCCCCUGCCCAUGCCUAUUCCCCGCCCCCUCCCCCUACCCUUGUCCGCCCUGCUCUUGUGCAGCUUGUCGUAGGUGACGUCUUCCGACGCAUUGGCCUGUUGAUGGCUAUGGGGGUCGUCCAGUGGUGUGGGUGAGUCGGGGGGCGAGAGGUGGUGGUCUGAAGGUGACGAAGGCAUGUAGUCGGGGUGGUGGGAUGAUGGUUUGAGGGGAGGGGGGCGGGGGCGGUCGAGCAGCCUGUUGGUGGACGGGAGGGGGCUGCCAAGGCCGUCGAGGGGCAUCGCUGCUGCUGCUGACGAUGGGGCCGCAUCCUCCCCACUGCUGGCGAAUGGCGGGACUUGAUGCACACGGAAAGGGGAGCCGUUCGAUGUGGUGGAGGGGUCGGAGGAGCUCCCCCUGCCGACGAGCGUGCAGUCCAUCGACGUGAUGCUGCUCUCACUGCUGGUGGUGGAGAUGCCCGUGCCGUCCUCCCCCUCCAUCUCCGCUGUGCUGCACCGGGUGCUGCUCGUGGGGGAGGAAGCGUCGUUGCUGCCAAUGACAAUCCUCUUCCCCCCGUGUGAGCUGUGGUGGACGUCCACCAGAUGGUAGCCCGUCGGUAGCCGGUAGGAGGACGCCGCAAGAGUCACAGCGGGGGCGGGGGGCGGUGCUGCUGCGCUGUCGCCAGUGUACUCGAGCUCGCCUGUCGUCUCCGACGGCUGCUCGGCUGUCAUGUUGUCGGCGGUGUCUGCAGGCCUUUGUUUCGCUACUGCAGGCAGCGGCAGCACGGCGGACGACUGUGGGUGUGGGUGUGGGUGUGGGUGUGGGUGUUGCCGCAGCUUCAGCCAUGUCUUGGCGAAGACGGCAGCGAAGACCGACACGACGGCGGCCCACUGCAUGGGCCGCAGUGAUGUGUUGAACCAGAUGACGGACACCAGCACCAUGAACAGCUUUCGCGUCGUGGUUAUGAGGGAGGUGUGGAGGGCGCCGAGAGUGCGUAUGCCGAUGUAGGUGAAGCCCUGGCCGAGGGCCCCACAGGCGCAGAAGAGCCCCACCAGGUGGUAGACGUUGGGGUGGCGGAUGGUGAAGGCCCAGAGGCCGGCGCCCUCGAAGACGAGCACGCCGAUGCCGGCGAAGAUGAGGGAGAAAAAGUUGAUGCAGCACAUCAUCUCCCACGACGAGAAGUGACACCGGGUGGCAAUCUUGUCCUGCCGAGAACUGAUUGGCCGACACAUGAAUGACACAGAGACAGACACACAGACAGACAGACACACAGACAGACAGACAAAAGUGUGUGUGUGUGUGUGUGUCCGAUGAUCUGACUGACUCACUCCCUCCCUCACCCAGUGAGCCCAUCGCAUGCCAGUGAUAUGAGCAGCAGCACGUUGCCUGUGAGCGUGCUCACAGCGUUGCCAUCGUUCCGAACCUUGCUCAAGUUGAAGCUACACACACACACACACAUCCAUUUCUCCCCCUCUCCCCUUCUCCCCCUCUCCACCUCCACCCAUCGGGCUGCUUACAUGCCAAGGCUGCCCACGAGCCACACCACAAUGACCGCCUCCGCCAGGCUGUAUCUUCGCGAGCCCAUCCACAGUGACAGCAGCAGGAUGCUCACGGGCUUGGCGCACUUGGCGAGCGACUGAGUGGGGUAGUCCACUAGAGUGAGCGAGUGCCACGAGGCGAAUUUGGCCAGCACCAGGGUGAGGGCCGUGAGGAUGAACUCGGUGAGCGCCGGGCGGUCCAGCCGCUUUGUGAGGGACGACACCAGCCGAUGGGGGGCGCCGCUGUGCUGCAGAGUGAGCACCGCUGACGCCUGAACCAACGAACAAGCGGAGCAAAGAAGAAAGAGCACACAGAGGAAUGUGAGCCAGGGAUGGGGGCUCUUGAUUACAUACCAUGGCGACAUUGGCGAUGCACGAGAGGAAGAGCAGGCUGUACGUGAAGGUGAACUGCUCUGUGGCCUGCUGCCCACCGCCUCCGCCACCGCCACCGCCCGACGACCCAUCCCCGGUGUCCGCCGAGAACUGGUAGAGCUGCUGCUGCACGAUGCCAUGCGCAAAGAAGAACGAGUAGAUGCCCCCAGCCACCAACAGCACCGUACACAAACUCAUCGACGCUUCUCUCCACUACUCCAAAACCUCCCAAAUGGCUCCCUCCCGGGCACACUCAUCCCUGUGGGCACAUGCCCCUCCUCGGCGUAACAACUGCAGCCGCCCAGAGCCCACAACCCCCUCUCGCAUCAACGGUUCCUUGACGGCUGUUGGAAGUUGGAACCGCACUUGGCCGUCAGAGACGAAACUGACUCUCUGGGAGGCUGCGGAAGGGCACAAAGAACGAACACCGCAGCCGAAUUCUUCGCG